GUACUUUUUGAAGAGACUAAUACAUAAAUUUAUAAAGAAAACAAAAAUAGCAAAAAAAAUUAUUGAAAAUGGACGAGAUAUGUUUUUAAAGAUAUAUUUAUAUUAAAUUCUGAAAAAAAAACGUUAAUAUUAAUUGCGGAAGAUAAUUUAUAAAGUAGUUUUAAAUGUACGACAAGUGAAUCUGGGAAAUUGUGUGUUGCGGCAACAAAGACAAAGUUAAAAAGGACGGAGGUAAAAAAACUAUUUGAAAUAAGAUAAGAUAACAGUUAAGACAGAAUGGAGCCAUCGGUAUGUAUUCCUGAUGAGGCAGAUUUUGAUGGUCAGAAUGCACCAUUGCAGGAAUAUGGCCAGUAUACCACAGUGUACCCGAAUGCUCCGUUAUAUGCAACAAAAGGUCCUGCCGGUAUGACGGUUGGUCGCAUGGGUUCACAAUGUUCUUAUCGGACCGACCAUGCAACCGGCAAGAUACUCGGUUCACAGAGCAAUUUAACUAGUUCGGUGCAGGAACUCAAUGCAGCUGUCGGGGUGCCAACGGAUCAGGGUGGCAUGAUGGCCUCCAAUCUGCGCUACAUGCAACCAUCGCAGUAUGAAGAAAUGUCAGAGUACGGUAUUAACCCGGUUAUACCGUUUCCGUCGGAAUCGCAAUACGGGGAAGAUCCUCCGGUAGCGUAUGGCUAUGUUUCGGAAGCCAAUUAUGUUAUGCCUUCGGUAAGUGCCAAACAAAAUGCGUACGUCUCGCGGCCACCCAUGUUCGACGACAAUCGAAAUGGGGCUGAAGUCGCCAGUGCUAUGGGUCUGGCACAACAGGGCUUCGAAGAUGCCCACGAUUUUCAGAAUAAAAUGUCACAGCUUACGAUUAGCUCGUUUGGAGUCGUUUCCCAGCAUAUGCGCAAUGGCGGCAAGGACGAAAUCGUGGACGGCUCAUGCAGCGACAUUUGCUCGACUAUGCGAUGGCGUGAUCCAAAUCUAUCGGAAGUCAUUAGUUUUUUAAAUAAUCCAAACAAUGCAAUUAAAGCCAAUGCAGCCGCCUACUUGCAGCAUUUAUGUUAUAUGGAUGAUCCCAUCAAACAACGAACUCGUAUUCUAGGUGGUAUACCUCCACUUAUAAGGCUGCUAUCUUAUGAGGCACCAGAGAUUUACAAGAAUGCUUGCGGUGCUCUGCGUAAUUUAUCUUAUGGCCGUCAGAACGAUGAGAAUAAACGUGAAAUAAAAAAUGCCGGUGGUUUAGCGGCACUGGUCAAUUUAUUGUGUCGCACACAAGAGUCUGAAGUGCGGGAGUUAGUGACGGGCGUUCUUUGGAACAUGUCGUCUUGUGAGGACAUUAAACGUUUCAUAAUUGACGAGUGCUUAGCAGCUGUUGUCAGUAAUAUAAUACAUCCACAUUCCGGCUGGGAUCCCGUGUGUCCCGGCGAAACUUGCUUUUCCACAGUAUUUCGUAAUGCAUCUGGCGUUUUGCGCAAUGUCAGCUCAGCUGGCGAAUAUGCUAGAACUCAAUUGCGAAAUUGUGAUCACUUGGUAGAGUGUCUACUGUACGUGGUUCGUCAAGCCAUCGAGAAGAACAAUAUUAGUAAUAAGACCGUUGAGAAUUGUGUGUGCAUUCUGCGCAAUCUAUCGUAUCGUUGUCAAGAGGUGGAAGAUCCCAACUAUGAUAAGCAACCAAUUUCAGUGCCCACUAGAGCUUUAUCGUCUACAAAGGGUGAAAAUCUUGGUUGCUUUGGCACUAGCAAAAAGAAGAAAGCUCAAGCUCAAUUGGAACAGCAGAACGAGAGCAUCGGUGCUCAGUCUGGUUCAACAAAAAACACAUCGGAUUCGGCGAAUCGAGGACCUCUGAAAGGUUACGAACAUUUGUGGCAGCCCGAGGUGGUGCAAUAUUAUCUGGCUCUGCUACAGAGCUGUUCCAAUCCUGAGACGCUAGAGGCCGCAGCGGGUGCAAUACAAAAUCUGUCGGCCUGUUACUGGCAACCUAGCAUAGACAUACGGGCUGCCGUUCGCAAAGAAAAAGGUCUACCCAUACUAGUGGAGCUCUUACGAAUGGAAGUCGAUAGAGUGGUGUGCGCCGUUGCCACAGCAUUGCGCAAUUUGGCUAUUGACCAGCGGAACAAGGAGUUAAUCGGAAAGUAUGCAAUGCGGGAUCUAGUACAAAAAUUGCCAUCCGGUAAUCCCCAGCACGAUCAAAAUACCUCCGAUGAUACCAUAACUGCCGUGUUGGCCACCAUCAAUGAGGUUAUCAAGAAAAACGCCGAAUUCUCUAGAUCGCUUUUGGAUGCUGGCGGGGUCGAGCGUCUCAUGAACAUUACAAAUCAUCGUCAGAAAUACACAUCUUGUGUUAAUAAGUUUGCUAGUCAGGUCUUGUUUACAAUGUGGCAGCAUCAUGAGUUGCGAGACGUUUACAAGAAGCACGGUUGGAAGGAACAAGACUUCCUAACAAAGUUCAUUGAUUCACACAGUGCGUCUGCUCACUCCCCCAAUAACUCCAAUAGUACACUGAACAGACCUAUGGCAUCACAGGGACGUACACGGUACGAGGACCGCACCAUACAGAGAGGAACCAAUAGUUCCGGCCGAAACAAAGACCAGGAUCAACAAUCCCAACAACAACAGCAGCAGCAACAGCAACAACAACAGCAGCAAAGAUCUUGCCAAGACCCACAAAUGCUCCGACAAAUGGUGGACGAAUUUUCAAUGAAUGGUGUGGCUGAUGACACUUACCAACGGCCUUCUGCAUACACUUCCGCAGUACCUUUGUAUAUACCCAACAGCGACAGUACCCGCAAUCCGCCUAAUUAAAUCAAACCAACAAAAACAAACAAACAAACAUACAAAUACCCUAGCCCAUCACAUAUUACUGUAUAUACAAUAUAUAUAUAUAUUAUAUAGAAAGAAAACCAGAAAAACAAAAUUUUACUUUAAAAGUGCGCACAUAUGGGGCAACAUCAACAAACAUCAUUUAGAGUAUAAAAAAAACAAACAAACGCUUUCAAAGUAAUGAUAAAACUAACAUCAGCAAUUUAAAACAUUUGUCAAAUUUUAUUAAACACAAACACAACAUAAUAUACAAUACAAUACAAAUUUAUAUUGCAUAACACGGUUGAACUGCAAUAAUUAAUUCAAAAAAAAACCAACAAAAAGUUCAUUCAGACAGAGCAAGGCACCACUUACAGAGCAAGCCGUAUCCCAAAAGAUGAAAAACAAGAAGAAAAAAAAAACAAAGAAAAACAUUACCAUUGCAUUUAAUAAAACACCCAUAAAUUCUAAAAAAAAAA